CCGACGGCGCCCGGAGCGCGGAUCUCGCCUUGUGGAGCACAGCGCGUCGGCUGCGGUUUUCUCCCGACCACUUCUGCCCGGCGCUUCGGCCCGGGCCGCUCAGGUGCAGAGACAGAAUCUCUGGAGUCAUACAACUCACUGUAACCUCAAACUCCUGGGCUCAAGGGAUUCUCCCACUUCAACCUCCUGAGUGUCUGGGACUACAGAGCAUGAAUAAUCUUUCAUUUAGUGAACUAUGUUGCCUCUUCUGCUGUCCACCUUGUCCAGGGAAAAUUGCUUCAAAAUUAGCAUUUUUGCCACCUGAUCCAACUUACACACUGAUAUGUGAUGAAAGCGGAAGCCGUUGGACUUUACAUCUAUCUGAACGAGCAGACUGGCAGUAUUCUUCUAGAGAAAAAGAUGCUAUUGAGUGUUUCAUGACUAGAACCAGUAAAGGCAACAGAAUUGCCUGUAUGUUUGUACGUUGCUCACCCAAUGCGAAAUACACUUUACUCUUCUCACAUGGAAAUGCUGUUGAUCUUGGUCAAAUGAGCAGCUUUUAUAUAGGACUAGGAUCACGGAUUAAUUGUAAUAUAUUCUCAUAUGAUUAUUCUGGAUAUGGUGCAAGUUCCGGGAAACCCACAGAGAAGAACCUCUAUGCAGACAUUGAAGCUGCUUGGCUUGCUCUUAGGACAAGAUACGGCAUUCGCCCUGAAAAUGUGAUUAUAUAUGGCCAAAGUAUAGGGACAGUACCGUCUGUGGAUCUUGCUGCUCGAUAUGAGAGUGCUGCUGUUAUUCUUCAUUCUCCUCUGACCUCAGGAAUGCGAGUUGCCUUUCCUGACACCAAGAAGACCUACUGUUUUGAUGCAUUCCCAAACAUUGACAAAAUCUCUAAGAUAACCUCUCCAGUAUUAAUAAUUCAUGGGACUGAAGAUGAAGUCAUUGACUUUUCACAUGGCCUCGCGUUGUUUGAACGUUGCCAAAGACCUGUGGAGCCUCUCUGGGUUGAAGGAGCAGGUCACAAUGAUGUGGAACUAUAUGGACAGUAUCUUGAAAGGUUGAAACAGUUUGUGUCACAGGAACUGGUGCAGAAACAUAACGAAGGGAAGUGAUUUUCUCAAGGUCUACAAUUGUCAACGACGGUACUAUGUAUUCCAUUAUCUUCUCUUUACCAAACUUAUCUGGAUUAAUAUACCAAUGAGCCUUUCAAAUUAUGUGGCGUAAACUUAUUUGUUCUCCAAUGUUAGUCACAAUUUUUUUUAAAUGGGUAGAGUCCUUCUUGUCAACUAGUUAUUCAUUGAAUAGUAAAUUGGUAGAUUGUGCCAAUUAAUUCUCAUGUUAAUGAUUAAAGAAGUUAAUACUAAUUCAUUUUACUAGGCACAGUUACAGUUAUUUAGUUAUGUUGGAACCUAGUGAGGAUGGUAGCCACAGACACAUGAAUAAGUAAGUAUUUACUUCAGGAGCUGAUUUACUACAAAUUAUAACACACAGAAUAAGCAAUUACAUUGAAGAAAGUAUCAAUAUAGUUAUUAAGAAUUAACUUUUAUCUUGUUGCUUUGUUUUAAAAUAGGCUAUUUACUCAAACAUGAUAGCAUGUUGCAUUCCAAUAAUGUGCACCCCAAACGUCCAGUAACCAAAGACAACAGUUUAUGCUUACCAUACUUGGAACUAGGCUUUCAGUUUUAGCUUGCAGAAUGGAAAAGACAUUUGUCUAUCGUAUCUCUAAAUGGGUUAUGCCUCUGACUGAAUAGUUGAAUGAGUAAUGCUAAGGAAGGAAACAAACACCUCUAUGCUGGAAAUGACCCACUUGACAUUAGAGUUGUGUGUUUUUCUUUCUUUCUUUUUUCUAGGGAAAGUACAAAGGUCUUUGCAAAUGUCAGUGAACUGAAAGCUGUUAAACUGGCUUUUUCAUAUGAAGCCAGAUGGACAUGAAACUAUUUUACUCCCUCUAUUUCCUUGUGUAGGUCAUGUACUAAAUUUGCAUAAUAUAAUUAUGACACUUUUAGAAAAAAGUUUUAAUAGUGUUUUUAAAAAUGACAUUGUUGUAUUAGAAAAAUGGGGAAAUGCUAUUUUUAGAUAAUUUUUGUUUAUCUCCUAAUAAAAUGCAAGUUUCAGCCACUGUACUACUUGAUUAAUUCAAAAUUUGGACUUCUUUUUCCUCUAAAACAACUACUUAAGGCAGUGUAUUGAAUUAAAGUAGAUUCAGUCUUCUAGUUUUUGAAGAAGAAAAGAAGUAGAGAGGGUAGCAGGUAGGUUUACGAAUAUAGGUACACUAUGUAUCAUGAAUUCAUAGGCUAUAAAUCAAAACAUAAUUAGCAUUCUCAUGUUAUGAAUCUUAGAUGAAACUUGUGUUUCUAUUUGAACACCUAAUAACUUUGGUAAAAUCAGAGGCCAUCUAUAUCACUUCACCAAAGUGAGAAUUUGCUAAUUUUUGAGCUCUUUUAAGUCUAGAAGUCUGGGCUCCAAGCCUUCAAGGCCCAUCCCUGGGAAAUAGAAUGGACAGAAGGGAAGGAGACAAAAGAAAAUAGUUGAUAUAUCCCUAAAUAUAUCUGGUGCUGUCAAAAAUGAUCGUUAAACUUGCUAAAGUAUUCAGUGUAAUCCUAAAUGAAAAAGAGUAUAAAUGAUUACACCUCUGUAAAAUAAAAUGUGAGUGUCUAUGGAAUAAAAGCCAAAGGAAAUAAAUACAAUGAAACAAAUGAUUGUGUGGAGGCAAUAGGAUUAUGGGUGAGUUUUUUUCCUUGACCUACUUAAAAAGGUAUCUUUUAUGUUGGUGUGUGAUUUUUUAUGAUAAAAAAGAACGGGGGAAACCUACUUCUUCACUGUCUCCUGGUUUUCACUGUCAGAAACUGGCUCCUGGACUUCCAAUAUCAUAAGACCCCAGAACAGAUACAGGAGAAGUAAUUCUCAAAUGUGUUUUCAGCCUGGCUACCAGGGCAGCAAAUAAAAGUAGCUGGAGGAGGAGAGGAUUCCUUUAUUUGGGUGAACGAUACUGAAUUUUGUGUUU